AUGCCCGAGUCCAUUCCCCUCCGCAAGAAACGCCCGAAAGCGUACGACGACUUGGACGACUGGGAUGAGCACGACGCGGCCAUGCCGUCCGACCUGAGACGCUCGCUGGAUCACGCACGCGCCGACGGCCACGACGCGCCGCUGCUGGGCCGCAAGAGCGACGACGAGGGCGCCGACGGGCGCUCGCACGGCGCCCACCGCCUCCACGAGCGCGACCCCGUCACCCAGGCCAAGCUCGAGACGCGCCGCAAGUACACGUACGCCGCCAUCUUCCUCGUCCUCAGCCUCGUCAGCUUCACGGUGCAGACGGAGACGGCGGUGUACAUCCAGCACGAGCUCAAGUGGGAGAAGCCCUACUGCAUGCUGUACAUGACGCACGGCUCGUGGGUCGUCCUCUGGCCCGUCCAGCUCGCCCUGCUGCGCGUGCAGAACCGCGACCAGCCGUGGGCGACCUUCUGGCGCCGCCACACCCAGCUGCUGCGCCACACGGCCCUGAUGGUCCAGCACCAGACCCUGCACCCCACCCCGCGCCAGUCGCUCGCCAGCCCCGUGCGCUACAUGCUCAAGAUGACGGCCUUCAUCACCUGCGCCCUCACCCUCGCCGGCGGCAGCUGGUACGUCGCCGUCAACCAGACCACCGCCUCGGACCUGACCGCCAUCUACAACUGCUCCGCCUUCUUCGCCUACGCCUUCAGCAUCCCCAUCCUGCACGACAAGGUCCGCCUCUCCAAGCUCCUCGCCGUCGCCAUUGCCGUCGCCGGCGUCUUCGUCGUCGCGUACGGCGACACCUCCCCCGCAAAGCACGGCAGCAAGUCCGGCGGCGGCGCAGGCGGCGAAAACGCCCCGCCCUCCCACGAGGCCGAGAACCGCGCGUUUGGCAACCUCGUCAUCGGCGUCGGCAGCGUCCUCUACGGCCUGUACGAGGUCCUGUACAAGCGCCUGGCCUGCCCGCCCGAGGGCGCCAGCCCCAACAAGGGCAUGAUCUUCGCAAACACCUUUGGCAGUCUGAUCGGCGCCUUCACCCUGUGCGUCCUGUGGAUCCCCCUCCCCAUCCUGCACUACACGGGCUGGGAGACCUUUGAGCUGCCGCACGGCGAGCAGGCCUGGAUGAUGGCCAUUUCCGUCCUAGCCAACGCCAGUACGUCCACCCCCUCCACACCCUACAACACCUACCCAACAACUCUGUCUUUGCUUCCAAGGAAUCUUGUUUUCCUUCCUUCCUUCCUUCCUUUCUUUCUUACACCAACUAACCACCUCCACCUACUACAAUGCCCGUGCUAACACCCCACAGCCUUCUCCGGCUCCUUCCUCGUCCUCAUCUCCCUCACCAGCCCCGUCCUCUCCUCGGUCGCCGCCCUCCUCACCAUCUUCAUCGUCGCCCUUGUCGACCAGCUCCUCCCUCCCCCCCUCAACUCGCCCCUCACUUCCGCCGCCGUCCUCGGUGGCCUGCUCAUUAUCGGCGCCUUUCUGCUGCUGUCAUGGGCUACCUACAAAGAAAUGGAUGAGGAGCGCCGGCACAAGCUGGAGGAGAGUCCUAGUGACAUGGAUGAUUGA